AUGGAGAAGUACUUUCCAGAGACUGCCAGGGAAGACAUGGAGAAUCAAUUCCUCAACCUGAGACAGGGGUUGAUGACUGUGGGGGACUAUGCUGCAAGACUGGAGACCCUGUCCAAACACUUUCGCUUUUUCCAAGUGCAAGUGGAUGAAUCGUACCUAUGCAACCGAUUCAUGAGGGGUUUGAGGAAUGACGUAGAAGAGUCUGUGAGGCCAUUGGGAAUCAGAGUUUUCCAACAGUUGGUAGAGAAAGCUCGUGAAGUGGAGUCAAUGAAGAAUCGCCAGAGAGGCAAGUCUGACAGUGGAGGACCGAUCCGUUCUGGACAGAGACAGACCGGAAGGUUUGAUGGACAGUGUCAAGCGGGUAGGUUUGACAGAGGCAAGGCACCGAUGAGGAGGCCUUACCAACGUCCUGCUGAUAAGGUACCGUUUGCUGGAAGGGGUGCAACCCCUGCUUCUAAAGAUGAUGUCGUCUGCUUCAAGUGCAACCAUAAGGGGCACUAUGCGAAUGAGUGUGGGAAGGAGAUUGUAUGCUGGAAGUGCCAGAAACCAGGGCACAUUGAUAGGGACUGCCCUAAUGCUGCAAAGGCCGAGUCAGUGUUGAAUACCGCUCGAGGAAGGCGACCUACUGCUCCAGGUCGUGCGUUCGCAAUGUCUGGCGAACAGGCUGCUGUGACUGACGAUCUCAUUCAGGGUACGUGUGUUAUCGUUGGAAUUUCUUUAAUGGUCUUAUUUGAUUCGGGUGCUACGCACUCAUUCAUUGCUGAGGAGUGUGUGAAGAGUUUAGGGUUGCUAACUGCUGAUUUACCCUUCGAUUUGGUGGCUACUACCCCUGUCGCCGAUCGAUUAGUUAUGCACACGGCAUGCUUGUAG